AGGGGGGGGGGGCAGUUUGAGGGUGAGUCACCAUACUCAAACUCCAAGGUGAGCACUUUUGGAUGUUGACUUUUUCUAGAAGAAAGUUUAAAAGUCUAAAAAGUCUAAAUUGCCGUUUACCACCAUAACAUCUACAACAUCCAAAAUUUGCACCAUCACGCCUUCCUCGGUAAAAUGGCCAAAUUCGUGUACAAUUUAGAUUUUUGGUCAAUUUCUAGUUGAAUCUAGAAAUACGGCCAAAUUCCACUAGAAUAUAAAUUUUUGGCCAAUUUCCGUUGGAAUUUGACCAAAACUUGUUACGGCCAAAUUUCAAAAUCCAAAUUCCGUUUAGCCAAUUUCCAGUUUACCGUCUCUAUAUCAAAUCAUUCUAGCUGAUUGAUUACACUUGAUCCACACAGCAAAAAAAUAAAAAGUGUCAUUUUAUGCAGAGUGCAUAAAUAAAUGAUGGUUAACAUACCAACUGUGAGCAAUCGGUAAAUUUUCCAACGCAAUUGGGUAAACCAACAACAGCUCGAUCGUGCAUCCUUUUUAGAGACGGAUAUGUAAAAAUUUUUUUAAACUUCGGUUUUACAUAUCAGAAAAGUAUUUUAACAAAAAAAGAUGUUAAGACACAAAAGUGUCACCGAAAAAGUGUUAACUUUUUAAUGCUUUUAUUUUACUGUGUAGUUGUAAUCAAGAAAAAAUAACAUAACAACUGUUUGUUUCCUGACUCCACUAACGCUGAAGUAGUGAUUUAAGUUCUAAUUAGUGUAAGAGAUAACUCCAGUUGUGUGAUUGUAUUACGGUUAAUAUUUUUUAUUCUUAUUUCAAUAAAUCAUCAUAUUAUUAAUUUUUGUUUCGUUUCUUUCCUUUUUGUAUGCCUAAAUAUGAUACAGAAAUGGAUUAUGAUGUAGGCCUUUCAAAUGUCGUACAGUAUUUUUUAUUUUAUUUCACUCGUUACGCCAACGUGACACAUCUGUGUGGGGAUGAGCUCUACUAUUAUUUCAUUGUGAAUUAAAUAACAUGCAAAAGGACCUUUCUUCUUUCUUGCUAAAUGUGAACGGUAAAUUUUGUUUUUUUGCAUAAUUUCUUUCUUUUCUUCUCUGUCACAAUGAACAAACAUAUUUGUGUACAUUCUUCUUUUCAUCUCUCACUUUUUAUCCUUUUAAUAUAAUAAUAAAGUCAAAUGGAUUGUGGUCAACUUGUUAAUUAUUAUCAAAUAGAUGUUAACUGAUGAGAGUAAAAUAUGAGCAUUUGAUGAACAAUGAUUUUGAAUGAAAAAGUUCUAUUAUACAUCGGUACAUUAUUCGCAACCGUUUGUAACAGAACACAAAUCUAUGUGGAUGGAAAGUGUAAGUUAUUGUAGAUUGUCCACCUUAGUGGAAUAAAUACAAUUCUUUUAUUCUUUUUAGACUUUGAGUAUCAGUUGCCUAACCGUACGGUAACCGUGUGCCCCACCUAUUCCCUUGUCUCACUUGAAUGUCCCCAACUAACUUCGAAUUCGUUUGUAAUCGAUCAACAACAGCUUUCUCGUCGUGUUAUCCGACGUCGACAACUGUGGAAACGUCUACCGGUGUACAUCAUCUCUAUUGAUUACGCUCGUUCAUUUCCCUCUAAACUUGGUCUUGAUCAAACAUGUCAACCGGAUAUAACCGAUGCAUGCUAUGAUUAUGAUGGAAAAUCGUUACCAUAUUUGAUUACACUCUGUUCCGGAAAAUCUCAUUGUUCCGAUAUUCAAACAUAUCAAAUUCGAGAUCGUAGUCUUUGUCAAUUUAAAGCUGUGACAGAAAUUGGUUAUCAUUGCAUACCGACAUGGUAUAAUUCGGAUAUACAAACAAAAUGUGAUAUUUGUAAAAAUGGUUCAUUAACAAAUGACUACGGGUUCAUUUAUUCUCGAAAUUAUCCUCAAAAUACGAUUCGAACCACGUGUUAUACAACUAUUUAUGCACGUCCUGAUCAUAAAACCGUUCUCUACUAUGUUAAUGGUGAAUUGAAUUACGAUAGUCUAAUGAUUGAGAGUAUUUCAUCCGAUGGUACUACGAUUUUAAAUAUAACUUUAAAUGGAAAUAUUUCGACAAGUUUAUUGGCAGCCAGUACACAUGAAAUGAGAAUAACGUUUGUUCCAAAUACGUUCAUUUAUUCACAACAUUCAACAUAUUAUCUACUCUAUUUUUAUGCAAUACCAAUUUGUUCGUAUGAAUCAUGUAUCUUACCACCACUACCAUCACCAAUCACAACAACGAGUACCGUAACUUCAACAACAAUAACAGUGCCAAGAACACAAACAACUGGUUGGACAACAAUUCCAAGUAUUUGGAUUAUUAUUCCAAUUAUUCUUGGUUAUAUUUUAAUACUUUUACUUUCUAUAUUAAUUGCAUUAUGUAUACAACGUCGGCGUCGUCAACGAUUUCAAAAGAAUACUACUCGUUAUUUUGACAAUGGUGGAAUUUCGAGUCGUGCUCAACUUGUUACACCCAUUCCAGUCACUCAACGUUCAAGCUCUACGGUUUUACAUCGUUCUGGUACAAGUAGUGGUGGUGGACUCGGCAUCAACAGUAGUGAUACUUCUCGUACUUCGUUCGCACGAAAUAUGGAUAAAUAUCGAAAAGAAAGUCGAAGUGAUUAUGAUCUUCACGAUAAUUAUGCACAAGGUAUUCGUAAUGAAUAUUUUAAUUGGGGACAUCAUCCUCAUCGACGAUCAAAUCAAUUUCAGACAAUGCACGAUUUUCGAUCGAGUGAUCAACAUCGUCGUUCAUUACCCAAGUCUUUCUCCGAUUGUGAAUUAUGUAAACGUCGAGUUGCAGAAGAAGAAGGACGAUAUCGAUCUUUUGAUCAUUUAUCACCGCGAAUGGAACGUAUGGCCUUACCGAAUUUAUUUAAUCGAAACGAAUGGCACCGACGUACAGGUGAUGAUAUAACACGUUAUCAACGACGCGAAUUUGGUGAUUGGCGUUUAGAUCCACCAUCAUCACAUAAUUUUGGUCAAAUAGAAUCAUCCUCAUUAUCGUCACCACCACGUCGAACAUAUCGUGAAAAAAUAAAAGAACGAUUUCGUGAGCGAUUAACCCAUCGCAAACAUUUUGGAAACGAAAAUGAAGAUCCGAUAAAUGAAACCUAUAGAAAUCAAGUACAUGAUGGAGUUGAUAAUAAACAAUUCUAUCAUAAUUCCUCUUCUCAAGGUCGGAAAUCGAUGCGUCGAGCUGUACGUUCAUCAACUGCCGAUCUCAUUGAUCGUCAAAAUGUUGAAUAUUCUACCGUUUUACCUCGACAUAUUCGUCAACGAACACAUAGUGAAUCAAAUGUUGUUUCUUCACCUAGUGCCGGUGUCAAUGGUCAUGUUCGUCAUUUACCUGUUGAAUAUAUCAAUGAACCGAAAAAUAUGCGUACCGUUGAAUAUAGACGAAAUUCAAGUUUAGAACGAUUGACGAUUGGUGGUGAUCGUAUGACAACAAAUAAUUAUGGAAAUGGGAAUAGUAAUAGUAAUCAUGUAAGGGAAAGUGAUGAUAACGGGACAACAAAUUUUACAGUGAAACUCUAUGAUCAUGACGAUGCUAGAGAUGAGAGGGAAAUACAAGAAAUGUCCGUGAAAAUGAACGAAUAUUCGAGGGAAAGGGGUAUUUCAAAGAGAAACAUGGAUUAG